CCUGUCAGUUCCAGGAAUCAACCUGACAAGUAUCGACCAGGCUGCUGUGGUGUUCAAACACUAUGAUCCUGUGAGCAGGAGGCCGUACGAGACUGUGGAGCUGGGCCCACCUGGGUGGCUUCUCUACAAUGGGGCCAGUGUGGCUGUGGCUGCUGAUAGCUGAGCUCCUGCUUCCUGUCCAUUAUCAGCCAUCUUCUGCCCAUGGAGAUAAGAGUCUAGGGGCACCUCAACCAGCCAGCCACCAGUCCCUGGAGCCAGCACCCGCCUAUCACAAAGUCACACCCACCAUUACUAAUUUUGCUUUGCGCCUAUACAAGCAACUAGCAGAGGAAAUACCAGGGAACAUCCUCUUCUCCCCCGUGAGCCUCUCCAGCACCGUGGCUCUGCUCUCUCUCGGGGCACAUGCUGACACCCAGGCUCAAAUUCUGCAAAGCUUGGGCUUCAACCUCACAGAGACCCCAGCAGCUGACAUCCAUCGGGGCUUCCAGAGCCUCCUGCACACGCUUGACUUGCCCAGCCCCAAACUGGAACUGAAACUGGGGCACUCUCUGUUCCUUGACAGGCAGCUAAAGCCUCAGCAACGCUUUCUGGACAGUGCCAAGGAGCUGUAUGGAGCCCUGGCUUUUUCCGCCAAUUUCACAGAAGCAGCUGCCACAGGGCAGCAGAUCAAUGACCUAGUGAGGAAGCAGACCUAUGGGCAGGUGGUGGGCUGUCUCCCAGAGUUCGAUCGUGACACCCUUAUGGUUCUCUUGAACUAUAUCUUCUUCAAAGCCAAGUGGAAGCAUCCCUUUGAUCGCUACCAGACCCGGAAGCAGGAGAGCUUCUUCGUGGACCAGAGGCUGCAGCUCCGCAUUCCCAUGAUGCGGCAGAAGGAAAUGCAUAGGUUCCUGUACGACCAGGAGGCAUCGUGCACUGUGCUGCAAAUCGAGUACAGCGGCACCGCCUUGCUGCUGCUGGUCCUCCCUGACCCUGGGAAGAUGCAGCAGGUAGAGGCUGCCCUCCAGCCAGAGACACUGAGAAGGUGGGGCCAGCGGUUCCUGCCCAGAAAAGCUCAGGCAGGUGGAGCAGGCAAUGGCGGCUUGCACUGGGACCGGGUCAAUGAAUUCCCGCAAAAUAGAGUUGGGAAACUGAGCCUGAAGCACCUGCAGAUGACUCAAACGUGGAGUCUGUUGGAUUUGCACCUGCCACGGUUUUCAGUUUCUGCAACCUACAACCUGGAAGAGAUCCUGCCCCUCGUUGGCCUCAGCAGCCUCUUUGACGUGGAAGCCGACCUAUCAGGAAUUAUGGGGCAGCUCAACAAAACUGUCUCCAGGGUAUCGCACAAGGCCGUCGUGGACAUGAACGAGAAGGGAACUGAGGCCGCAGCUGCCUCUGGCCUGCUCUCCCAGCCCCCAUCCCUGAACAUGACGUCAGCCCCACACGCCCACUUUAACAGGCCCUUCCUGCUUCUGCUCUGGGAGGUGACCACCCAGAGCCUGCUCUUCCUAGGGAAAGUAGUCAACCCAGCUGCUGGGUAAUUGUGGUGGUGGGGGCCACAGGAAGGCCAGCCCAACCUGCACGGCAGGACCCCUGUGCUGCGGUUCUAAUAAAUCUGAAUUUGGCUGUGCAAA